CUCUAAAGGCGUCGAGGUUGAACAUUCAACAGUCGGCAAAGGGUCCUUGUUGACUGCUCAUUUUUCCAUCGCUUGAACCAGAACACCAACAACUUUCACCAUGGCGGACGACGAGGAAAAGAGGAGGAAACAGGCGGACAUUGAACGCAAGAGGGCCGAGGUCAGAGCCCGCAUGGAAGAGGCCUCCAAGGCCAAAAAAGCCAAGAAAGGUUUCAUGACCCCUGAGAGAAAGAAGAAACUUAGGUUGUUGCUGAGAAAGAAAGCCGCUGAAGAACUCAAGAAGGAACAAGAACGCAAAGCGGCCGAAAGGAGGCGCAUCAUCGAGGAACGCUGCGGUAAACCCAAAAUCGUCGACGACGCUAAUGAAGAACAAGCUAAGAGCACUGCCAAGCAUUAUUACGAAAGAAUAUUGCGAUUGGAGGAUCAAAAAUAUGAUUUGGAAGUCAUUGUUAAAAGGAAAGACAUUGAGAUCGCCGAGCUCAACAGCCAGGUGAACGACCUUAGAGGCAAAUUUGUCAAACCUACCUUGAAGAAAGUAUCCAAAUACGAGAACAAAUUCGCCAAACUGCAAAAGAAGGCAGCAGAAUUCAACUUCCGUAACCAACUCAAAGUUGUGAAGAAGAAGGAAUUCACCUUAGAAGAGGAGGAUAAGGAAAAAAAACCGGACUGGUCCAAAAAGGGUGACGAAAAGAAGGUACAAGAAGCUGAAGCAUGAUUACGUUAAGUUGUCCGUCAAUCCCCUCUGUCUAGGGAUCUGUAUGAUUAAGAAUUUAAUUUAUUUUACGUAUUGUGCACCAGACUCUGAGGGAAACACCCCUGUCCAUCUGUCUGCAUGUAUAUUACUUGUUUAUGUCAAUACUCCUGUAUUUGUAAAGCAUUAUUUUAAAAAAAUAACUUAAACCAA